GUGACUGUUAUUCCAACUGUAAUUGAAAAAGGAGUUCAGGGGGUUAAGGCACAUCACGCAGUCUCAUUCUUCUGAAACUUCUGGCAGCAGCUGGUGAAAGCUUUAAAUACCAAUUUGACAGAUUCUACGUCUAGGCAGCAAGGCACUGUUCUGUUCAGUAUUUCAGCUUUUCAAUUUUUCUCAGAACUUAUUUUUCUUGGUCUUCAGUCCAAAAUGAAUUGCGUGUGCCCUAUACUUUUUGUAGUUAUACUUGGAGAACUAGUAUUCACAGCACCAGCUAAUAAGGAAGAUAAAUUUCACGUACAUGAUUUGGAAGUGGAAUCUUUUGGUGCAGACACAACUUACGAAUAUGAAGAUGAGCCACAAGAAAUAAAACAAGCAAAGCUAGAAGAAAGGACCAUCCCCAUGUUUGCAGAUGCCGAUACAAAUCAUGCAAUAGAACAUGUGCGUUAUAUAAGGUCCCCAACAUCAGAACCACAACCUGAAUCAGAGGGUCCGUCUAUUGACAUGCCAACUUGCCUUUUGUGUGUUUGCUUAACUGGUGCUGUGUAUUGUGAGGAGACCAGCAUUGAAGCAAUUCCAAUGUUGCCAAAAGAGACAUCAUACCUUUAUGCACGGUUCAACCAGAUUAAGAAGGUCACUGUAAAAGAUUUUGCUGAUUUCCCAACCCUGAAGAGGAUCGAUCUGACUGGAAACCUGAUUACUGAAAUAGAAGAUAAAGCCUUCUCACAGCUUCCAAAUCUGGAACACCUAACACUUUCUGAAAACAAACUGGUCCGUCUGCCUGCCUUACCUCCAAAACUCAGAACUCUUGCUGCACAACACAACCGUAUUAAAAGCAAUGGAAUCAAACGCAAUGCUUUUAAGAGCUUGGUUGAACUUGAGUUCCUCUACCUAGGAUACAAUCGGCUGGACAAAGUACCUGCCAAUCUGCCCGACACCAUUCGUGUGCUUCAUUUACAGCAUAAUAAUAUAUCUGCUAUUACGGAUAGUACAUUCUGCAAGCCCCAAGACUCCAGUUAUAUCCGUGACCGUCUGACUGAAAUUCGGCUUGAAGAAAAUCCUAUCAAUUUGGCAGAAUAUCCAAACAGUUACAUUUGCUUGCGAAGGCUUCCCAUUGGAAAACCAUAUUUCGGGAGAAUAUAUUAAUCCAAAAACAGCUAAGCAUCAAUCAGAAACUAAUAAGUUGUCGUGAGAGAACACUGCAUUCUAAAAUAUAUUCUCAUUCAUUGUUAUAUCAUAGUACUCAUGAGCGUUAUUAUUAUACUUGUGUCAUACUAGCACUUUUAUAUUUAACAACAUAUUGCUUUAUCUCAACAGAACUUAAUUCCCAAGUAACAUAAUUUGUUUUAUUUCAUGCCAGAGAAACUCAAUUAAUUUGCUGCUUCAAAUAUAUUACACACUUCAAAUUCUCAUCUAUGUUUAUUUUCACUUGAUUAAAGUGCACAUAUUA